CCCAAAACGAAUAGAAAAUGCAAUUACGAAGUUGGAUGAGUUAGCGGGCGGUGCAGUUUACGGCAAGGAUCAAAAUUCAGUUCUCAGCCAAUUUUUUCGCAUUUUCUUUGGGACAAGCAACCGAAAAAUCACACGGAUCGAGAGGUAGGAGGAACAAUCCGCCGAUUUGCAGCAUCAAUUUUCGAUUCGAAUUCUGUAAUUCAAAUCGAACAAUUUGGCAUCAAUGGCUGGCCUAUCGCUCAAGUGCGGGGAUUGUGGCGCUCUUUUGAGAUCCGUAGAAGAAGCUCAAGAACACGCUGAACUCACUUCUCAUUCCAACUUCUCUGAGUCCACUGAAGCUGUGCUUAAUCUCAUCUGCACUGCUUGCGGCAAGCCCUGCCGAUCCAAGACGGAAAGUGAUUUGCACACGAAAAGGACUGGCCACACUGAGUUUACUGAUAAGACUUUGGAGGCUGCAAAACCAAUAAGCUUGGAGGCCCCGAAGGUAGCUGCGGAGUCAGAAGAUGGUGGGGAUGCAAGUGCUAGCAAGUCUGAAGAAAUGGUUGUGCCAGAGGUGAACAAGAGUAUAUUGGAGGAACUUGAAGCUAUGGGUUUCCCAACAGCACGAGCAACCCGUGCACUUUAUUAUUCUGGAAAUGCAAGUCUGGAGGCUGCAGUCAAUUGGGUAGUCGAACAUGAGAAUGAUCCAGAGAUAGAUCAGAUGCCUUUGGUUCCUAAGGAUACAAAGGUCGAGGCUCCCAAGCCUGCUCUUACACCUGAGCAACUGAAAGCAAAACAACAGGAGCUAAGGGAACGAGCUCGGAAGAAAAAAGAGGAGGAAGAGAAGCUAGCAGAGAGAGAAAGGGAAAAGGAGAGAAUUCGAAUUGGCAAGGAGCUCUUAGAAGCAAAAAGGAUGGAGGAAUUAAAUGAGAGAAAAAGAAUAUUGGCCUUGAGGAAAGCUGAAAAAGAAGAAGAGAAAAGAGCCAGAGAAAAAAUUCGUCAAAAACUUGAAGAGGACAAGGCGGAAAGAAGACGGAGACUUGGGUUGCCAGCAGAAGAUCCUUCAACUGCGAAACCUCCCGCCCCAGUUGUUGAAGAGAAAAAGCUCUCGUUGCCGGUUAGACCUGCUUCAAAAGCAGAGCAAAUGAGAGAAUGUUUGCGAUCAUUAAAGUCCAAUCACAAGGAGGAUGAUGCUAAAGUGAAGAGGGCGUUUCAAACCCUUCUAACUUACGUGGGAAACGUGGUGAAAAAUCCUGAUGAAGAGAAGUUCAGAAAGAUUAGACUCAGCAACCAAACUUUCCAGGAUAGAGUGGGUGCACUGAGAGGAGGAAUCGAGUUUCUAGAGCUGUGUGGGUUUGAGAAAAUUGAAGGUGAUGAGUUCUUGUUUUUGCCCAGAGACAAAGUUGACAGAGCAGUGCUUAAUUCAGCUGGCUCUGAGCUCGACUCUGCAAUUAAGAAUCCCUUCUUUGGUGUUCUUUAAUUUCAUGUUACAGAUAAAUUAAAAAAAAAAAAAAAAAAAAAAACAUAUCAUCGUUUCUUUUUUCUUUUGCUGCUGCUGCUGUGGAUAUGGUCCAGAUUUGAUGUUGAAAUUUUGUUAUUUGGUGACACUACAUGCAAAAAUAUUUAGUGCAUUUACCAUUAAAUAACAAUGUUUUCUCAGUAAUUGAUGCU